UGAUUGCUUUGUUGAUGGCUGGCUAGCAGCUAGCUAGCUGCUGCUGUUGGUUACGGUGUCUAAGGCACUGACUUAACAGCAACUACAACCACACAACAACAGUGCUAAAUGUUCCGACUUACAAACGUGACGUGUUUUUAAUUUUCGAGUGUUGUAUUUCUUCUUCUGCUUCUGCUUCUUCUUGCUGGUUUUUGUGUGCUCCCAAUUAUUGUGUGUUGUGUGAUACUAUAUUAUUACUACUACAACACAAUACAAAGAAACACACCGAACGUCGCGCACCGUCUAUCUCUAUGAGAAGAAAAAAAACCGAAGAGAAUAAUACAAAGCAAAUCAAAAUUGUUCAAAUAAAAGCAAAUACCUAGCUAUUCAACGGUGAAGAAGAAUGCCGAGUAUAGUAGUACAUACAAACAACAUACCCAGUUGUAGUACAUACAAAUGUGAAAAGAAACGCGAAAGAAGCAGAAAAAAAAUAAUAAGAAAUAAACAAAUUAACAUAGUGCAGUAUAUGGGGAAUACAAUACACACACAUGUACAUAGGUACAUCAUCAUAAGUAUAUAAAAAAAAGUUGUGUUUUUUUUUUCAUAUAUAUAUAAAAAAAUACAUACCUACAUAUGUAUAUAAUUUUGUACAUAGAGCAGCAAAAGCAAACCAAAUGAACGUCGUCGUUGCGGUCGUUUGUAUGUAUCAACAAAAAACAAGAACAAAAACGAAAACAACGACAACAACAGCUUUAAAAACGACCAGAAGGCAACAUAACAGCAGUGGUGGUGUCAACAGCAGCCGUAGCCGUAGCCAUAGCCGAGCAUUAUUAGCAGCUGUCAAUAAAGCCGGUCGUCGAAAAACAGCUGUUUUUAAUCCAACAUCAUCGUGGUGUGCUCGUGUGUAUGUGCGCUCGCCGUUCUCUCCCCACAACAAAAAGAAAAAAAUAACAAUAACAACAACAACGGCAUCAGCACUCUUUGAAAAUACUCAUACACUUAACAGCAUCAUCAAAUAAACAGAACCCAACAAGCAACGUAGUGGUGUUUACAGCAAAAGCAACAACAAAACACUCGGAGAAAAAUGCAUUUCAAAUAAAAAGGCAAAACAAAACAAAAGUGUAACCCCGAAGAAAAACCAAACAUAACAGUGCUCUGCUUGUUGUCUCUCGGUCUAACAGAAGAGCCAGAGAGCGUACGCGAGUGUGCCAGAAUAAAGUGUUAGUUUUUUUGUGAGUGAGAGAGAGAGAGAGAAAACUGUUAACGCUCUUCUCGUCUGUGCUCCGUGUGGUGUGUGUGCGUGUUUGUUGUGUUUCUCUCCAACAAAAGAACGAAAAAAACACCGAUGUCUCUCACUUUGCCAAUGUCGCUAAUUGAGACUUCAACAAUAACAGAAAGUUCAGCACAUCGAAAUUUUACCAAAUACCAAACAACAAAUCCUAUGGUUGUUAUACAAGCAACAACAACAACAGCCGGAGCCAACUCGAGCACAGUAUCUAGUAAAAGUUUAACAACAAAUAACAAUACAAGAACUACAACAAGUAAACGAACUCGCAAGAGAUCAACAACAGAUUUCACAGCUGCAGCAGCUGCUGCCGGUUUAAUAACAGCAACAACAACGGCAAAUGUCAAUUAUAUUAAUCCCCUAACAACAACUGCAACAAACAGUGGCAUUACUAGUGCUGCUGCCACCACAACCACCAAACGGAAUAGAAAGCAACACCAUAAUCAUCAUCAGCAGCAGCAGCAUCAGCAUCACCAGCAACAACAAAAUCUUUAUGUUCAGCAAAGAAUGUCCGCCGGCGCUCAAUUGCAGAUGGCCCCACAGACAUCGACGUCCAUAAGCCAUCAUACAACACAACAGCAACAACAUUUUGUUCAUAAUUCACAGCAGCAACAGCAAUCGCAGCAGGCACUUUUGUCACAGGUUCAACAACAACAGCCGCAAUUAAUACAGCAGCAGCAACAACAAUCACAACAACAACAGCAGCAGCAAUUACAAUUGCAGCAACAACACAUAACUCAUUACAGCCAAGCGCCCCAAACACUUGCCACAACUCCCCAUACACAUCUCCAACAACAUCACCACCUACAAACACCAACAUCGCAACAACAAACGGCUUCUCAACUGCAACAGCAGCAGCAGACACAUUCACAGCAUCUACUGCUGCAUCAGCAGCAACAGCACAGUGGUGGUGGCCACAGCAGUAAUCCUGACUCGAAUAUGAGCACUGGCUCUUCGCACAGUGAAAAAGAUGUUGUUAAUUCAGACAUGCUAAGUGCGCAGCAACAGUCAAGCGGUAUCUUGCAACAACAAAUCGGUAUUUUGCAACAUCAACAGCAGCAGCAGCAAACAAACGUAACAGUAUCAACAGCUGGAAACGGUAUGAUGAAUACCGGUGCCGGCGGUAUGGGUAUAUCAACAGAUCCAAACGCCAUGCAAACCACAAAUCAUCAUCUUCCACAUCAGCUAUCCCAUCAGCCACAGACAGUUGGCAGUGCUGGCGGUGGUGCUGGCAGUGCAGGCGGUGUCGUCGGUAGCACAAAUACUGGACGUAUGGAAAAGCUAUCACGCACGCCCACAGAACGAAAACGUAAACGGAAAAUAACCGCUUUGCAUACAGACGACAGUGGUGGUGCCGCUGGUGGAGGCGGUGGCGGCGGUCCUGGUGGCGGCAAUGGAGGUGCUCAACAGGAUCGUCUUCAAAUGCCAGGCUCCGGUGUUGGCUCUGGCGGUGGCAAGACACCUCGUCUCCUACCACCUGGUAGCGGAGGCUCCUUAGGCGAUAACAAAAAGAUCAAUGACUAUUUCAAUGCUAAGCACAGUGUACAGUCCACAGGAUCCACUAAUAGUCCUAUGAGGCAUACAGCUGGCGGCGGCUCCAAGAGUCCCUCAUCGGCUGGCCCGCAACAACAGCAGUCGCAGCAGCAACCUGGGCCCCAGGCCCAACAAGUGCCAACAUCUGUAGGCGGCGGUAAUAGCACGUAUCCCAUGUAUCCACCUAGUCCACAGCAACCACAAAUUUCAGCACCAGGCGGUAUGCCGCCAACACCUACGUCACAACCCCCGCCUCCAGAUUUCCAUUACAGUAGUGUAGCGGCUGCCAACUCGGUAACGGGUAAGCAGCAGAGACAACAGCAAACUUCCAAUGCAAUGGUUCCUCCGCAAUCACCCCUUGUUGGAGUGGGCGGUAAUGUUGGUCUAAUAUCGUCCUCCCACAUGGUACACAAUCAAGCUGCGGGUGGUUCCUUGAUGGGUGGUGCACCAACAGCUGGCGCCGGUGGUGGUGCGGGUACUGGGCCUCCUCCUCCACCGUUGCCACAGCAGCAACAACAGCAAACUCUUCAACUUCCCGCCUCUUCCGUCGUUGCCACAAACGUGCAACAGACAAUGACAACCUCGCAGCAACAACAAAUGGCCGCUGUAGCGGCCGCCCAACUCAAUUCACUGCAACAUGCCGGCAUGCUCACCAACAAUCCAGGUGGUGUACCACAAACCGUUGGCGUUAGUGGAGCGCCACAGCCACAACCCUCGACAACGAUGGUUACCAAAGGAACUCAAACCGAUCUCUCCCAACACGACAUGCAAGAACGUGAGUCGGAGAGUGAAUCCAGCAAAUCAAAAUUGGAUGAGAUGACAAGACUGUCUGAUGAACAAAAAUGUCAAAUUAUUGCUCAUCAAAAACUAAUCGAUCAACACAAAUCCCACAUAGCCAAGUGUAUUGAUGUGGUCAAGAAGCUGCUUAAGGAGAAAUCCAGCAUUGAGAAGAAGGAGGCUCGCCAGAAGUGCAUGCAGAACCGACUGCGGCUGGGCCAGUUCGUUACACAGCGUGUAGGUGCUACAUUCCAGGAAAACUGGACCGACGGCUAUGCCUUCCAGGAGUUGAAUCGACGACAAGAAGAAAUCUCCGCUGAACGUGAGGAAAUCGAUCGUCAAAAGAAGCAACUAAUGAAGAAACGGCCUGCCGAAUCUGGUCGCAAGCGUAACAAUAAUAGCCAGCAGAAUUCCAAUUCCAAUGAUUCCUCCAACAUGAACGCAGGAUGUGAUCGUCUAUCGGGCAACGAUAGCGGCAUCAGUGGCGUCUCCUCGGCAACUGGCGGAGGUGGCGGCAGUGGUCGUGGUCUAUCGCGAUCAAAUUCGACACAAGCUCAAAACCAACUGUUACACAAUGGCGGCAGUGGUACCAGCGGUACUGGCAUGGGUUCUGAUCGUUUAUCGGAUCGUGGUGGUGGCGGUGGUUCGGGACGAGGAGACAAUUCUGGCAGUGGUUCCGAUUCAGCAACGUUCCUUAAACCUGAUCCCGUAUCAGGCGUCUACACCGCUCAAGAAUACUACGAAUACGAUGAGAUUCUUAAGUUACGCCAAAACGCUCUCAAAAAAGAAGAUGCCGAUCUCCAGUUGGAAAUGGAAAAACUGGAGCGUGAACGUAAUUUGCAUAUACGUGAAUUGAAACGUAUCUUGAAUGAAGACCAGUCCCGCUUCAAUAAUCACCCAGUAUUGAAUGACCGUUAUCUACUGCUGAUGCUCUUGGGAAAAGGCGGUUUCUCUGAAGUCCAUAAGGCAUUUGAUUUGAAGGAACAACGCUAUGUUGCAUGUAAAGUUCAUCAGCUGAAUAAGGACUGGAAAGAAGAUAAGAAGGCCAAUUAUAUCAAGCAUGCUUUAAGAGAAUACAACAUUCACAAGGCCCUUGAUCAUCCCAGAGUGGUUAAAUUAUAUGAUGUCUUUGAAAUCGAUGCGAACUCGUUCUGUACAGUUUUAGAAUAUUGUGAUGGUCAUGAUUUAGAUUUCUAUCUAAAGCAACACAAAACGAUACCAGAACGUGAAGCACGUUCCAUUAUAAUGCAGGUUGUUUCUGCUUUAAAAUAUUUGAAUGAGAUUAAACCACCGGUUAUCCACUACGAUUUGAAACCGGGUAAUAUUCUAUUGACCGAGGGCAAUGUGUGCGGCGAAAUCAAAAUAACAGAUUUUGGUUUAUCCAAAGUUAUGGAUGAUGAAAAUUACAAUCCUGAUCAUGGCAUGGAUCUGACAUCGCAGGGAGCAGGAACAUAUUGGUACUUGCCUCCCGAAUGUUUUGUUGUGGGUAAAAAUCCACCAAAAAUCUCAUCUAAAGUCGAUGUAUGGAGCGUGGGUGUAAUUUUCUAUCAAUGUUUAUAUGGCAAGAAACCAUUUGGCCAUAAUCAAUCUCAAGCCACCAUAUUAGAGGAGAAUACCAUAUUGAAAGCCACAGAAGUACAAUUCUCCACAAAACCAACAGUAUCCAAUGAAGCAAAGAGUUUUAUUAGAGGAUGUUUGGCUUAUCGCAAAGAAGAUCGCAUGGAUGUAUUUGCGCUGGCGCGGCACGAAUACAUACAACCUCCCAUUCCAAAGCAUGGCCGUGGCCAAUCGCUGACACAGCAACAGCAGCAACAACAGCAGCAGCAGCAACAACAACAGCAGCAACAGCAAUCAUCAGGUAAUCAAGCCAAUUCUGCCGGACAGACUUCUUUCUCAGCGGGCAUGUUUGGCAAUUUGAAUCAAUCGAGUUCGUCCUAGCUGCACACUAAACGUAAUUCCAAUUCAUAAUUGUUAAAGUUAAUACAAAGUAAUAGCACUAAUAUCAAUCAUAACCACAACAACAACAACCACAAUAUUGGCCACAACAAUCAUCACCAACAUCAAUAUCAGCAACAACAAGCAGCAUUACAGCCGGAUCAUCAUAGUACCAACAACAACAACAGUAAUAAUAAUAAUAAUCAUAAACAACAUCAUGUUAGACAUCAAAAUCAACAUAGCUUAAUAAAUCAGAAUCUGAAUAUAAACCAUCAUUCUGCUCCAAGAAUGUCGUCUCAUCACAAUAUAAUAAACCAACAACAACAGCAGCAGCAGCCACAACAACAUCAUCAUCACCAUCAUACAAGAAGAACGAAUGCCACAGCAGCUAGCUCCUCUUCAUCCUCAACACCGCAUACAACAUCGACAACAAUGCUGCCCACCCCAACUACGACUGGUGGUGCAGUUAACAAUGGCAGCGGUGUUGGCGGCGGAUAUGUUGGCACAAGAAGUUUUCGCAGCCAGCAACAACAGCAGCAUUCUAUAACAACAAUGCAACAGCAAUGCCGUCAAAACAAACAACAACAGCAACAACAUAAAAUGCUAACAUUUUCUUAGGGAAAAAAGAGUCGAACAAAAGAAAAAAUACAACGCCGCUGAAAAUAAUCCCCCACUCGCCCCACGCCCCCGGCUCCCUCUUUCUUUCUCUGCAGAUUGAGAGAAGGAAAUUAACUUAAGAAAAACUUAUACACUGCCGUUUGCCAGAAUAGAUUUCAUCUUUCCCUACUUGAACAACAACAACAACAACAAAAAAUGCAUAGCGAAGCGUAAAAUUUAAGUUAAGUGUGGGGUGUUGUUAUAGAAAUCUUAGGCUAGCCACAGCCAGAGCAUUGGGUGUGGCUCGACUCGGCUCGGCUCUUGUGUGAGGGGUGGUGGUAGCUGGUGAUUUUUUUGUAAAGCCUUUGUGUAAUAAUUUACCUACACUUAAACAUGUCAUAAUUGUGUUUCAUUAUGCUUUAGAGUUCCCAAAAAGUCUCGCAUUUAAAAUCUAUUUCUCAAAACACUACGGCGGAUAUGAUUCCUUUCCUAUAUUCCUUUUGAUGAUUAUAACAAUACAAAAGUUAUAUUUUCGAACGUGUGUCUCCAAUUUCAUUUAGACUUAAAAUGAUGUAAUUUUAGAAAAACAUUCCAGUAUUGUUUACUAUCGCCUCCGCAUGAUUUUUUUUUUUCAAGUACCACGAUUUAAAUUUCCACUAUCCCCAAGUUGUCUGAACUCGUUGGUGAUGUUUCGCCGCCAGUUCAAUAUUUGUGGCACAUAAUGGAACUUUCGAUUUGAUAUAUUUUACGAAGCUGUCAAUAAAAUAGUUGAUUGUUUAAAUUCAAUUCUAAUACGGUAACUUCCAUAAAAAGAACUCGGGAAUUAAUUUCAGAAUUUUCAUAAAAAAUGACAUCAUUUUAUGACCCCAUUCUGUGUGUAAAUGAAAGGGGUUCAUUCCCAAAUUCGAUAAUGAAAAAAUUUGCCUAAAUUUUUUAUAAACCCCCAAGAUAUCGACUUUGUUGGGAAUUAGCUCUCUUAGACAACUAAAUUUCGUUUAAUUUAAAUUAAUUCUUGAUGACAGCAAUAUAUAGAUUUGUAUUUAUAUUUAACUAAAAUGAAAUUUAAGGCUUUUUGAUCAACCAGGCCACCACAUUCGCACAAAAAUUAUGGCGGAAAAAAAUUCUUUUGGACCCAAAGAAAAAACAUGGUGAUUCAUUUUUAACACACAUAAAACCAACCAACUGCGAAAGAAUUUUUUAAUUGUAAGUUAGAAACAAAAGAAGAAAACAAAAACAAAAUUUUUAGCCUACAAGGAUAAUGUGAAAGUUUUGAUGAAACGCAAAAAAAUAAGCAAGACAUUUAAUGAAAAUUUCUGUGGAUAAGAAAACUAAAGAAAAAGAAUAUAUACUUAGAAGAACCAGCAGCAAAAACAAAACUAAUUUAAAAAAAUAAAAUUGUUUAAGAAACUUUGUUAUGGAAAAAAGAAUGAAAAAUAAACUAAAAAAUAUUCUCUGAGAAAAAGUAUAUACAUAUAAAGAAAAAAAGAAAUAUGGAUGAGCAAAAAUUAAGUUUAAAAACAAAACAAAAAAUAGUAAUGGUAAAUUUAAGCCUACCUUUUAAAAAUAAUUAAUUAUAAACACACACAUAUAUAAUAUAAUUAUUAUAAUCUUUAGAUAUAAUAUAUGAAAGAAAACAAAACAAAAAAUAUGGCAACAAACAUCCGUUUAAGAAAAACUGCUUAGAAAAAUCCCCCGAAAAACAAAAACAAACAAGCAAAACUGUUAAGAAACAACACAAAUUACAAGACAAGAAAUACAAACAAACCACAUUCUCUCCUUCUCUUAACAUAAUUAUCUAAAUUAUAACAGAAAAUUAUAAUGAAAAAAAUAAAAACCACAAUCAAAAAUACAACUUUUCUAUCAACACGACCCUCUUUCCCCUAUUAUCCCCCCAGACCUCCCCCUCUAAACUCCUUCCAGAAAUGGCAGUAGGUUUCGUUUUAACUUUGGCUAGCUUUUAAUACCCUGCACGGCAGGGCAUUGAAGCUAGUGAGAGUGAGUGAUAAAUGCACCGCAGAAAUUUUAUAAAUUAUUUUUUUUUAUUAUUGAACUAGUAUGUUCAAUUCACAUUUACUAUUAUUAUUAUAAAUUAAAAUUAUGAUUUUUUUAUUUUUAUUUCUUAUACUUAUUAUUAUUAUUAUUAUUAUAAUUCAUGUAAACGUUAUAUUUUAAGUUUCUAAACGAAUAGAAUGUUUUUAAUUGUAAUUUAGAAUUUUAUUCCCUUCCCCUAAGAGAAAAAACAGAAAGAAAACAACUGCAAACGAAAAAAGGUAGAAAAAAAGAAACAAUGAAUAUAAGUCCUAAAACAUUACACUAUACUAUUACUAAGUGAUUUAUAAAAAAAGAAAACAAAAAAAAAAAAAAACAA